AUGGACCAAGAAAACCUCACAGGGGUGUCAGAAUUUGUCUUGCUGGGGCUCUCACAGACUCAAGAGCUCCAGAUUUUCUUGUUCUUGGUGUUCUUGUUUGUCUACACCACUACUGUUGUGGGAAACCUCCUCAUCAUAGUCACAGUGACCUCAGAUUCCAGGUUCCACAUACCCAUGUAUUUUCUGCUUCGCAAUCUGGCUGUCUUAGACCUCUGCUUCUCCUCAGUCACCUGCCCAAAGAUGCUGGUGGACUUCUUUCAUGAGACCAAGACCAUUUCCUACCAGGGAUGCAUGACACAGAUCUUCUUCUUCCACUUCUUAGGAGGUGGGAUAGUCUUCUUCCUCUCAGUGAUGGCCUAUGACCGCUACAUAGCCAUCUCCCGGCCCCUCCACUAUGUCACCAUCAUGAACACCAGACUGUGUGUCGGGCUGGUGGUGGCUGCCUGGGUAGGGGGCUUUAUCCAUUCCGUUGUCCAGAUGGUUCUGAUGCUCCCAUUACUUUAUUGUGGUCCCAAUGUCUUGGAUAACUUCUACUGUGAUGUGCCUCAAAUGUUGAGGCUGGCCUGCAUGGAUACCUCCCUCCUGGAGUUCCUCAUGAUCUCCAACAGUGGCAUGUUGGUUCUCAUCUGGUUCCUUUUCCUUCUCAUCUCUUACACUGUCAUCCUGGUGAUGCUGAGAGCCCACUCAGGGCAGGCAAGGAGGAAGGCGGCUUCCACCUGCAUCACACACAUCAUCAUGGUGUCUAUGAUCUUCAUUCCCUGCAUCUAUAUCUACUCCAGGCCCUUCACUCCCUUUCCCCUGGACAAGGCUAUGUCCAUCAGCUACACAGUCUUGACCCCCAUGCUGAACCCCAUGAUCUACACCCUCAGGAACCAGGAGAUGCAGCUAACCAUGAAGAGAUUAGCAAAGCGCUUAGUGAUUUCCAAGAAGGAUGAGCAUUAA